AUGGGAAACUCAUCAUCUAAGAAACUUAGAAGGAAGAACUCAAAAGUUGAGGUCACCCCAGAGUUUGAGAGAUCUGGUCCAAGGUUCAUAGCAGAGUCCAAUCCUUCUGCAUUGACAUCUUCAUCACCUGCACAUAUCAGACAAACCACACCAACAACGACAACAGUACAAGUUGAUUCAGAAUCAAACAAAAAUAAUAAUAAUAAUAAUAUAAAGAUUGAAGUCUCUUCAGUAACACCUCCAACUCAAUCAACACCAACAAUAACAUCAACUCCAACAAUAUUAGUUGUCUCUGACAAUUCUAGUUCAGAUGCACCAACAAACAACAUUAAUAAUAUUCAAUUAAAUCAAUCUGCACCAAUGAUCAUUGUUGAAGAUGAUUGUGGAUCAAGAUCAACAACUGAAUGUACAAUCAAUAAUAAUAACAAUCUUCUGAUGCCUGGUGGACACACUUCUCUCAGUCAAUCAUUGCAGACACCAAAGUCGGGCUCAACACUUGGUGCCAGUUUGGAACCAGGCAUCAUGAAUAGAAAGAUGACAUUUACCAGAAAGAGAUCAACAAAGGUUAUUCAAUUGAAUGAGCAUCUAAGCAAGAGUGCUGGUGACCUACCUACAGUGUCAGCAGAUGAGAGACCACGUGCAUCAACUACAAAGUCUUCAUCUUCCAACCCUGUGGAUAUAUCAAGGAAGAGAUCAUACACCAAUGGUCCAAGAAGAAAGGCUACCAUCAGUAACAUCAACUUCAAGGAGAAGGACAUUGUAUUGGAUGAUGUGCCAGACAAGAAUAUUGUAGAUCAAGGCCAGAGAAAGGGUAAACUGACACGUAGUCUCACCAACAUUGGCCAGACAAUCACUCGAGAGGUUGGAAACGUCUUCCAUGCCUCUGGUCAAUAUGGUUCUUCUUACUUUAUC